AACGGCGGACACAUGACCGCGCUCCGGACGACCACCAGAGCGCGCGCCGACGGAGCGCGAGAUCAGUGGUGAAGGUGUGUGCUCGUGCGGCAGGACAGACCGUCGGGUUCAGGACGGGUUCGUGUCGUUGAGUCUGAUGAUGACGAGGGACUGUAGUGUGUAAAGCGCAGAACCGAGCACGAGCCGGGGAUUUGACUAAAGGCGGCGGAUUAUCGUUUCAUGAAGGCAAACGGAGUAUAUUUGUCUCGUGAUGAUGUUUCAUUAGCGUGAAACUGAAGCUCUUCAGGUGAGAAGCAUCGGCAUCUGUUACCUGAGAUGGCCAUCAGCAUCAGCGGCUGCGGCGCGCGCGAGUCAGACGGUCUGUCAGUCCUGGAGCAGCUGGGUCUGGAUCAGAACUCUGAUUUGUCGGACUCCAGCGUUCAGCAGCGAUUGGACGAGCAGCGCGAGAGGAUUCGCAGGGAGAUCCGUAAAGAGCUGAAGAUUAAAGCGGGUGCGGAGAACUUGCGGCGGGCGACCACAGACAAACGUAACGUCCAGCAGGUGGAGAGUCAGUUACGCAGCUCCACACGCAGACUGGAUUCGCUGCACGCGCAGCUGCAGGAGCUGGACGCACACAUAGUGGUCAAAGGUCGCGAUGACAGCAAAGAUGACCUUAGGUCUCUCGGGACAACAGACCGCUCGUCGGCCAAUCAGGACCGGAUCAAGGCCCUGGAGAGACAGCUCAACAUUGAGCUGAAGGUCAAACAGGGGGCGGAGAACAUGAUCCCCAUCUAUGCCAAUGGACUAACCAAAGAUAAGAAGCUUCUUCAGUCGGCUCAGCAGAUGUUACAGGACAGUAAGAUGAAGAUCGACAUCAUCCGUAUGCAGAUCUGUAAAGCCGUGCAGGCCACAGAGCAGACAGACGACUCUCACGGUAAAACAGAUCUGUGUGGGGUGGAGCUCAGGAUCGAGGAGCUGUGGCAUCAUUACCGUGUGGAACACGCCAUGGCCGAGGGCGCCAAAAACAUGAUGAGACUUCUGGCUACUGGAAAAACACAAGACAAGAAAGCCAUCGCUGAGGCUCAGAGUCGCUUGAGUGAAGCGUCUCAGCGGUUGGAUCUCCUGCGGUUGUCAUUAGAGCAGCGGCUGGUGGAUCUUCCAGAAGAUCAUCCUAAAGCAUAUCUGAUCAAAGAGGAACUGGUGAUGACAUCAUCGUCAGCGUUCAGCUCGCGUCACAGCGCCCCCUACAUACACAAUCAGUACAACACCCUCAGCAGACCCUCACCUCUCACCGGAACGCUGCAGGUCCGGUUGUUGGGUUGUGUUGGGUUGUUGGAGGUGGUGCCGGGCCGCAGUCGAGCGUCUCCUGGGAUCUUACCUCACUUCAGCCCGGGAGACACACGACCCUUCAAGCUCACACUGAGCACCAGAAACAGCAGCUUCAGUCUGAAAAUACCCAACAAAACUACUGACGAACUCUCCGCGGAGGUAAGCGCUGUGUUAAAGCUGGAGAACUGUGUUGUUGGUCAGACGUGUUGGAGAAGUGUUGGAGAACAGACCUGGGAUCAGAGCUUCACUGUUGAACUGGAGAGAUCUAGAGAGAUGGAGAUUGCAGUGUACUGGCGUGAUCAUCGUUCACUGUGUGCUCUGAAAUAUCUCAAACUGGAAGAGUUUCUAGACAACCAGAGACACAGAAUACAGCUUGAGCUCGAACCUCAGGGACUGCUGCUGGCCGAGGUGAUGUUUUUUAAUCCAGUGAUAGAGAGAGGACCACGUCUGCAGCGACAGAGAAAGAUCUUCUCUAAACAACAGGGUAAAGCGUUCCUGAGAGCGAAACAGUUGAAUGUUGACAUGACGACGUGGGUUCGACUGCUGAAGAACGCCAUUCCCAUGGGCUCCUCCACACACAACUACACACACAACAGCAGUGCUGAGAUUUCAGUUCAGAAGAUUCAACUGGAUAGUGAAUCUCCAACAUCAGAGACGAAGAGAGACAUCUCACACACGACGGAGAGUGUGUCUGAAACAGAUUCGGUCUCUCCUGAAGCCGCUUCUCCUCCUCAGCGGGUCGUCAGGAAAACUUCCCACAAUUCCCAGCGCAGGCGAGCGGGUUCAUCUCUGGGUCUUCAGGACUUCCGCUUGAUCGCUGUGUUGGGACGUGGGCACUUUGGCAAGGUGCUGCUGUCUGAAUAUAAGGCGUCAUGGAAGCUGUACGCCAUCAAAGCUCUGAAGAAAGGAGACAUCGUGGCACGCGAUGAGGUGGAGAGUUUGAUGUGCGAGAAGCGAAUCUUCGAGACGGUGAACAGCGCGGGGCAUCCGUUCCUGGUGAAUCUGUUUGCCUGUUUUCAGACAUCAGAACACGUGUGCUUUGUGAUGGAGUACACGGCAGGCGGUGAUCUGAUGAUGCACAUACACGCUGAUGUGUUCUCUGAAGAGCGCUCUGUGUUUUAUGCUGCGUGUGUAGUUUUGGGGCUUCAGUUUCUUCAUGAUAAUAUGAUUGUGUACAGAGAUCUGAAGCUUGACAAUCUGCUGCUGGACACUGAAGGUUAUGUGAAGAUCGCAGACUUUGGUCUCUGUAAAGAGGGAAUGGGUUUUGGGGACAGGACCAGCACUUUCUGUGGUACUCCAGAGUUUCUUGCUCCAGAGGUUUUGACGGACACGUCUUACACCAGAGCUGUGGACUGGUGGGGUUUUGGUGUGCUCAUAUACGAGAUGCUAGUUGGAGAGUCACCGUUUCCGGGUGAUGAUGAGGAGGAAGUGUUUGACAGUAUUGUCAACGAUGAAGUACGGUACCCAAGAUUCCUCUCCACCGACGCCAUCGGCAUCAUGAGACGGCUGCUGAGACGUAAUCCUGAGAGACGUCUGGGCUCCAGUGAGAGAGACGCAGAGGAUAUAAAGAAACAGCCGUUCUUCAGAAACAUGGACUUUGAGGCUCUGCUUCAGGGGAAAGUUCCUCCUCCGUUCGUCCCGGCCUUGACGGAUAAAGAGGACGUCAGUAACUUUGAUGCCGAGUUCACCAAUGAAGCCCCCGCCCUGACCCCGCCCCGUGAGAGCCGCAGCCUCUCGCGCAAAGACCAGGAUUUCUUCAGAGACUUCGACUACGUCUCAGACCUCUGUUAGGACACACAGGCGCUCUUCACUUUGAAGCUGAUAAGCGUGAGAGACCCCGGCUCUGCUGUUGGUCUCAGAGGAACAGGGCUGCCGAUGAUGGACGUCUGUUUUAGGUGGAAUAAACGCUUCCACGUCCCAUAGGUGCGACAGGAGAUGUUCAGGGUAAAGACUUCAUGACGGGGACUAUAGAGGCUCAAUUCAAUAAUCCAGAUAAUGUGAUGCUUUGUGGAGUAUGCUGACGAACAGUUUCUUUGUUUAAGUGUUUACCAAUGGACCGCUCGGAUUCAACAUUACCCAGAACUUCAGUUUCAUGAUACUGACCCCAGCAAUUGUCUCUGUCUUUCUCAUCCGUCUUCUGUUUUAAUCUACAGUCUCCAGAGACGAUUCAGUGCUGUAAUACACACGUGUAACCACACAGAGGCAUCAGAGAGCUGUAAAUGCAGAAAUAAAGUGUGAAGGGGUUUAUUCA